GUCAUUUCUCACUUUAUACUAUGUAAAAAUUAUGACGGUUUAACUAAAUUUGUCCCGCUGAAUUUUUUUUUUCUGUGACACACAUUCAAAGUGAGAUACAGCAAUAUACAUGAGACACUGCCGAAACAAUUAGAAAAAUUAUGGAAAUCUGUCCCUCUGAUCCACCUCGAAGAACGCCGAAACCGUCGAUUAUCGAAGCGAAAAAUAAAAUUCGGCUGGGCCACGAUGCAUGCUGCAAUUGUUGUUGCUGUUGCAUACCGCAGCCCGCAGCUUACAAAUAUGUGCAACCGGAGGUACCGAAAUCCUUCGCGCCCGUUCGUUACUAUUGGAAAUCGAACGUGCCGAUGGACAAGAACACAACGUAUCGGCUCUCCUACUGGGAAGGUCCUAGAGUCCCGGUCGAACCUAUUCGUCCCGAAGACAAUCUAACGUGCGGUGACGCAGCAAUGUCCGACGAAACGACGCACAAAAUGAGCUAUCUCGGCAACUGGUGCGUAAAGCCGGAAGCGCCGAUAACGCCCUGCGAACGACAAUGGCUAGGUAGAGGCCCGAUGGAAGACAUGACGACGAACAAGCGCGAUUACUCGUGGAAGUGCGCGCAACGCGCCGAACCCUUCAGGAUACGGAACAAUUUGUAUCUACCCUGCGCCGCUUUAUCCGACGACACGACGUAUCGCACAAGUUACUACAAAUCCGCCUGCUUGCUUCCGGUGUCCUCUUACGCGCCCGUUAGAAAAUAUGUGAAAUCGGACGUACCGAUGGAAGGCUGUACGACGUAUAGACUCAGCUAUUGGCCCCACCAGAUUCCUGCAAGAGAGGAACAACCAUGGAAUCAAAAGAGAGAAUAUUAUCGCCCUGUAGUGCCGAUGGACGGAUGCACGACUUACAAACUGAGUUAUUGGCCGCCGUGCGACGUUACGAAGCCGCCCGAACGUAUUAUUCAUCAGCCGACCGAGAAUUUGCUCAACGCCGGUUGCUGUUUCGACGAAAACACUACGUAUCGACUCAGUUAUUUCGGUUGCGGCGGUGACAGGCCGGAUCCUAUUCGCCAGCCGACCAACAAGAUCUUCUCGGACUGUCCGGUUUCCCACGACACCGUGAAUCGAUUGAGUUACCUGGGCAAUUGGUGCGUCAAACCGGAACCACCCUGCACGCCUUGCGAGAGACAGUGGUUGGGCAGAGGUCCGAUGCAGGACGAAACUACGCAAAAGUACGAUUACACCUGGAAACAGGUAACGCCGCCUGCGCAACAACGACCUGAGAACAAUCUCACUCUUUCGCCAUUGCCGCUGGAAUCCUGCACCGUUCACAAACUGUCUUACAUACCGAACGAUCACAAACACUUGCUUCCCAUCAAAUCUUACGCACCCGAACGCAAAUAUCAGCCGUCCGAUGUUCCGAUGGAGUCCGAAACUACGAUGCGACUGAGUUAUCAGCCCGUGGGACCAGUGAACAAAAUUGAAAAACCAUGGGCUGCAAAAUUAGCUUUUCAUCGGCCUGUUACUCCCAUGGAGGACAAUACUACGUAUAAUCUAAGCUACAUACCACCGGGAACACUCGUCCCUCUGCAAACUUGUUCCGUCUCUUGUCUUCCCGCCAACACUUACAAAAUACCGUCGCAACAACCUUGUCCCGCAUCGUGAAAAAUGAAAAGUGAAAAACGUGUAUGUAAAUCUCUGAGAGAUGCAGUAACAUGUAUACGAAAACAAAUGUUUGUGAGAUCGUGUGCUUGUAAUCACGUGUUCAAAUAUUAAAAAUGUUUAUAUUUGUCUAACA